GUCUACAAUUUUUUUUUUUAAUUUUUAAUUUUUUUAAAAUUCAAAAGAAUUCUAACGCAAUCUCAAUUCCUCAUACACCAAUCUGUUUUUUGCCAAAUCUUUUAUCUCUAAAUUUUCGCCUGUCUUCUUUCAAACCCCAAAACGGUUUUGUUUUUCUUUCUUCUUCUUUGAUUUUUUUUUUUUUUUUCUCUGCUAUUUCUUUCAGAACCCUAUUUUUUGUUUUUGUAUUUUUUUUUUUCCGAUGAACAACAACGACGAAGAGGAAAUGAACAAUGCGCAAGAAAUCAACCGCAAGAGGAAGAACAACCAAGAUUCAAACCAAGAUCACAGCCAAAUCACGACGACGAAGUUUUCCGAUGAAGAAGAAAACGACAUGCUCACUCUCUCCCUCCAAUUUCCUCCGUCGAGACCUCGACCUCCGCCACCGGUAGAGAAAGAACUCCCUCCGGCGCCGCCACCGCCACCGCCGCCACGGCCUCUGUCAAUGCAAGCACUCCUGGUCCAAAAUCAGCCUCAAUUUCCCCUCCAUUUGUCGGCGGCGACGCACACUCUGUAUGGCGGUCCUCCUCCUCCUCCGCCUCCUACUUUCUUUCCCGCCGCUGAUUAUACGACGCAGCCGUCUUCCGGAACGUACUUGUACCGUCAGCAAGAAACCACCAUGACCGGACCUUCGUCACGCUCCACACGUGUUAGACGAAACCCUACUCAAGCACCUAGAGAGGGGAAAAGCGAGACGAUUCCCGCCCCGUUCCCUUGGGCGACCACCCACCGAGCCACCGUUCACACACUCGAUUACUUGGUCGAGAAGCAAAUUCUGACGGUCACCGGCGACGUUCAGUGCAAGCGGUGCGAGAGACAGUACGAGAUGGAGUUCGAUCUGAGAGAGAAGUUUCAUGAGGUUGGGUGUUAUAUUGUCAAGAACAAAUGCACGAUGCAUGAUCGAGCACCAUCUCGGUGGUUGAAUCCGAAUCUCCCUGCUUGUAAAUACUGUGAGCAAGAGAAUUGCGUGAAGCCGAUUAUAUCUGAGAAAAAGAAAUCGAUCAACUGGCUUUUCUUGCUACUGGGUCAGAUGCUUGGCUGUUGUACUCUCGAGCAGUUGAAAUAUUUCUGUAAGCACACGAAGAAUCAUCGAACUGGGGCUAAAGAUCGUGUUCUUUACCUUACCUAUCUGGGUUUGUGCAAACAGCUUGAUCCAACUGGGCCUUUUGAUCGCUAAAUCUCGUUGAUUUGAUUAGUGGGUGUGAUUUGUUUUUUUAGUUGCACAAAGCGUGGACAUUUCGACGUAGUAUAGCACAUGAAAAACAAAAAAACAAUGAAGAAUUUCAUCAGACAGGUUCAAGGUGGUCGUACCUACUCUUUUUGAUUUCAUCCAUCAAGGGAUCAAUUCUGAUUGAAAAAGUAGUUCCUUGGUUAGUCUAACUAAUCCUAGUAUGGAAAACGAUUAUACAUUACCAAUUGGGAUCGUUUAUAUGUUUGCUGAUUGUUUCUUUUCUGAUUGUUUACUUUUUUAGUUACCUUUUUCUGGAAUAUUGUUAUUAUCGACUGAUUUAAUAUGAGUUUUGUUUAGA